GCGGGCCACUUGCCAUAUCCGGCUUCCCCGCCGUCACGGCAUUCGCCCUGAUCAGGGCGCCUGUUCCCCCCUGAGCACAGGCGCCCAUACUGCUCGCCAGCGAGUCGUCGGCGCUUACGGGCUGCACCAGCCUCCAGGUCUCCUCGGUCAAAUUGGAACGACACAGGCAAGAUGGCCUCCGUCCUCCUAAAGUACCUCACCCCGCCCCCGGUCAACCUCUCUCCCGACUAUGAGGGUACCGAGUUCCGGUGGAAGUUCCUCACCAUCCGACCAGCAUUCUUUCAGAAUGAGCCGUACUUCAUUGCAGCCAUUCUUCUCUUCGCCGUGCUCUACUUCUGGGGAAAGCGGGCGAACGAAAGCAGGGUCAACAAGUGGUUCGAUGCACACUCGUCAUUACUCGAAGCUCAGUUCUCUAGUCCUGUAGCACAAAAAGGCCUUGUCCGCGACGGCAACUCCGACUGGUUCAACUUCUCCACCGGCCGUCGCGCGGUCAAGUCCCUGCACACGACCUUCACCCUCCGCCCGCGCCACGACCUCCUCCAGCUCGCCUACCAAUUCGGGCGCGGGCUCAUGGAGCUCGACUACAAAGCCGCCGACGCCGUCGAGCUCGACUUCGCCUUCAGCGCGCCCGCCUCCGCGAGCGCCGACGAGCUGAAGGGCAUCCGCGCGCGCCGCUGGGACCUCUCCUUCACCAAGACGACCGACCAGCCGUCCCUCCCGCCCUCGCUCACCGCCAUGUCCGAGUUCGCGGACGUCACCACGAACCUCCUCAGGCCCCUCGGCGCGCUCGACCUCCCCGCGGUGCUCUCGAGCCCGUCUACCCUGAAGUACUUCCGCUCGCUGUCCAUCACGGACCAGCCCCGCGCCCGGCCCAGCGCGCCCCUCCCCCAGAGCCAGCGCGGCAAGCAUCUCAUCCUCGAGCUCACUCUUCCCCCAUCGUCCGACGCGGCUGCCACGCUGCCGUUGAUCCAAGCCGCCUUCCAACUCGUCGACGCCAUCGCGGGCGAGGGCAAGGCAACAGGGAUGCGCGGAGGCCUCAGCGCGCAGCUCAGACCCGAGACGAAGAACAAGCUGAAGAAAGUGCGCGAGGACAUCGAGAAGCAGAUCAGGGAGGAGGCGAAGCGCGAGCAGAAGGAGGAGGAAGAGGAGAAGCGCGCCGCGGCGAAGCGGAAGGCGGAGGAGGAUCGUCUGAGCAGGUUAAGCGCGGCGGACCAGAAGAAAGAGUUGGACCGCGAGAAAAAGCGCGCGAUGCGCAAGACGCAGACCAGGAUGAAGGCGCGGUAGCCGCGCGUGAGCAUACCUGUCGGGAGGCAGUAUCUAUUGCCCGCUGUACUUCGAAUUGUUCUUGGGU